AUGCCAUCCCGACUUGAGAGGCUGAGACUGGCUCUGGUCCGGGUCUGGUCCAUGAUGGUCCUGCUCUACACCUCGGACCACAGGAAGGGCUGGAGACAUAUCCUCCUCCACUUCCUCACCUGCCUGACCCUGAGCCUGGCCUUGGGGGGGGUCCUCUUACUGGGCCUCUACUUCUCUCUGGACUACAGCCUAGUGGGGUGUGGAGCCAUCUCAGGCUGCUGCUCCCUCCUGGUGACGGCUGUCCUGUUCUGCUCCAAGAGAGUCCGCUGCUUCUUCUUGCUGUUCCUCAUCUCCUGCACUAUGAAGCAGGGCAGGAACCUGCUACUGUCGGCUGGCACUGGGCUGGUGCUCCUCUGGAACAUCCAGAACACCUUAAGGUGGGUUAGGGUAAGGGGGUUAGGGUAAGGGGUUAGGCUUAGGGUAAGGAUUAUUAGGCUUACACUCUUAGAAAUAAGGGUACGGUUAGGGUACAAAUUGUUCCCUGGGGUACAAAAAUCAAAAUACACGUCAAAUUCAAAUCAAAAUGUACUAAGUGGAGGGGUGGUGGUACUGUGUUACUAAGUGGAGGGGUGGUGGUACUGUGUUACUAAGUGGAGGGGUGGUUGUACUGUGUUACUAGGUGGAGGGGUGGUGGUACUGUGUUACUAAGUGGAGGGGUGGUGGGACUGUGUUACUAAGUGGAGGGGUGGUGGUACUGUGUUGCUAAGUGGAGGGGUGGUUGUACUGUGUUACUAAGUAGAGGGGUGGUGGUCCUGUGUUACUAAGUGGAGGGGUGGUGGUACUGUGUUACUAAGAGGAGGGGUGGUUGUACUGUGUUACUAGGUGGAGGGGUGGUGGUCCUGUGUUACUAAGUGGAGGGGUGGUGGUACUGUGUUACUAAGUGGAGGGGUGGUGGUACUGUGUUACUAAGUGGAGGAGUGGUGGUACUGUGUUACUAAGUGGAGGGGUGGUUGUACUGUGUUACUAAGUGGAGGGGUGGUGGUACUGUGUUACUAAGUGGAGGAGUGGUGGUACUGUGUUACUAAGUGGAGGGGGUGGUUUACUGUGUUACUAAGUGGAGGGGUGGUGGUACUGUGUUACUAUGUAGAGGGGUGGUGGUACUGUGUUACUAAGUAGAGGGGUGGUGGUACUGUGUUACUAAGAGGAGGGGUGGUUGUACUGUGUUACUAAGUAGAGGGGUGGUGGUACUGUGUUACUAAGUGGAGGGGUGGUUGUACUGUGUUACUAAGUGGAGGGGUGGUGGUACUGUGUUACUAAGUGGAGGGGUGGGUGGUACUGUGUUACUAAGAGGAGGGGUUGGUUGUACUGUGUUACUAAGUAGAGGGGGUGGUGGUACUGUGUUACUAAGAGGAGGGGUGGUUGUACUGUGUUACUAAGUAGAGGGGUGGUGGUACUGUGUUUACUAAGUGGAGGGGUGGUUGGUACUGUGUUACUAAGUGGAGGGGUGGUGGUACUGUGUUACUAAGUGGUGGGGUGGUGGUACUGUGUUACUAAGUGGAGGGGUGGUGGUACUGUGUUACUAAGUGGAGGGGUGGUGGUACUGUGUUACUAAGUGGAGGGGUGGUGGUACUGUGUUACUAAGUGGAGGGGUGGUGGUACUGUGUUACUAAGUAGAGGGGUGGUUGUACUGUGUUACUAAGUGGAGGGGUGGUGGUACUUUCAAAUCAAAAUGUUUUUGUCACAUGCGCCGAAUACAAAAGGUGUAGACCUUAUCGUGAAAUGCUUACUUACAAGCCCUUAACCAACAAUGCAGUUUUAAGAAAAUAGAGUUCAGAAAAUAUUUACCAAAUAAACUAAAGUAAAAAAAAAUAUAUAUAUAUUUUUUAAAACAUACACAAUAAAAUAACAGUAAUGAGGCUAUAUACAGGGGGUACCAGUACCAAGUCAAUGGGCGGGGUACGGGUUAGUCGAGGUAAUUUGUACAUGUAGGUAGGGGUAAAAUGAAGUUAUAAAGUCCUUUUUAAAUCAGCAGAUGUCACAAAGUGCUUAUAAAGAAACACAGCCUAAAACCCCAAGAGCAGCAAUGCAGAUGUAGAACCACAUAAUGAUCUCACAUGGUACUGUUUGGAUAAUCUAGUAUAAUGGCACAUGUUUGUACCCAAUAUUUUGAAUAUAACAAAGGUACAAUCAUCACACUAUGGUAAAGAUACAGUGGGUAUAGAAAGUCACCACCCCAUUUAAAAAUGUUCACCUUUUGUUGCCUACAGCCUGAAAUGAAAACACAUCAAAUCCUACUUUUUCCGGCAUUAUUUAGACACAGUAACCCACAAUAUCCAAGUGCAAAAAAAAAAAAAAAGUUACAAACUCUACAAAUUAUUUUAAAUUAAAACUGUAAAAGACCCUAUUUGGAUAAGUGAACACCCCCCUGAGUUAAUACUUGGUGGAACCACCUUUUGCUUGAAUUAAAGCCAUGAGUCUCUUUGAAUACGUCUCUACUACCUUUACACCCCUAGACUGUCCAAUAUUUGCCCAUUCUUCCUUGUUCAAGCUCAGUCAAAUUGCAUGGUGACCGCUCAUGGACUACACUCUUCAAGUCAUUCCACAGAUUCUAGAUGGGAUUUAGGUCGGGCUCUGACUAGGCCACUCAAGGACAUUCACCUUCUUGUCCUUCAGCCACUGUAUGGUUGCUUUGGCGGUGUGCUUUGGGUCAUUGUCAUGUUGAAACGUGAACCAUCUUCCCAUUUUCAACUUCCUGGCAGAGGGCUGCAGGUUCUCCUCAAGAAUCUGUUGGUAUUUUGCACUGUCCAUUUUCCCUUCUAUCCUGACAAGUGCUCCAGUCCCUGCUGAAGAGAAACACCCCCACAACAGGAUGCUGCCACCGCCGUGCUUUACUGUAGGCAUGGUGUUCUUUGUGUGGAAAGAUGUAUUGUGUUUUCGCUAGGCAUAUCGUUUUGCGUUCAGGCCAGAAAGUUCAAUGUUGGUCUCAUCUGAUCACAGCACCUUUUGCCACUUGGCCUCGGAAUCUACAAUGUGCUUUUUGGCAAAGCUCAAACGAGACUUGAGUGGUUUUAUUCUUGCUACCAACCCAUAGAGGCCAGAUUUGUGGAGCGCUAUUGUGGUCACAUCCACACAUUGACCAGCCUUUGCCAUAAAGGCCUGAAGCUCCUUCAAAGUCGCCAUUAGCUUCUUGGUAGCCUCUCUGAUCAGUCUCCUCCUUGCCCGGUCAUCCAGUUUGGAGGGAUGGCCUGAUCUAUGCAGGAUCUGGGUGGUGUCCGGUCAUCCAGUUUGGAGGGACGGCCUGAUCUAUGCAGGGUCUGGUUGGUGUCCGGUCAUCCAGUUUGGAGGGACGGCCUGAUCUAUGCAGGGUCUGAGUGGUGUCCGGUCAUCCAGUUUGGAGGGACGGCCUAAUCUAUGCAGGGUCUGGGUGGCCCGGUCAUCCAGUUUGGAGGGACGGCCUGAUCUAUGCAGGGUCUGGGUGGUGCCCGGUCAUCCAGUUUGGAGGGACGGCCUGAUCUAUGCAGGGUCUGGGUGGCCCGGUCAUCCAGUUUGGAGGGACGGCCUGAUCUAUGCAGGGUCUGGGUGGUGUCCGGUCAUCCAGUUUGGAGGGACGGCCUGAUCUAUGCAGGGUCUGGGUGGUGCCCGGUCAUCCAGUUUGGAGGGACGGCCUGAUCUAUGCAGGGUCUGGGUGGUGUCCGGUCAUCCAGUUUGGAGGGACGGCCUGAUCUAUGCAGGGUCUGGUUGGUGUCCGGUCAUCCAGUUUGGAGGGAUGGCCUGAUCUAUGCAGGGUCUGGGUGGUCCGGUCAUCCAGUUUGGAGGGACGGCCUGAUCUAUGCAGGGUCUGGGUGGUGCCAUACGGCUUCUAAAUAAUGGUCUUAACUGUGCUCCGAGGGAUAGAGAAAGCCUUUGAUAUCUUUUUAUAUCCAUCCCCUGACUUGUGCCUUUCCACAACUUUAUAAUUUUGAAUAUCUGUUUUUUUGCAUGUACAUUGGUUGAUUGAUUAAUCUGAUGUUACAUAUAGAUAAAUGUUUCAAUCAGUUAGUUGGAUGUUUUGUACUGAAAUGUCCGAGGUGUUCCAGAACUCCCGGUUGGACGACUCCUGGAAGCGGGAAGUCCGAGGUGUUCCAGAACUCCCGGUUGGACGACCCCUGGAAGCGGGAAGUCCGAGGUGUUCCAGAACUCCCGGUUGGACGACUCCUGGAAGCGGGAAGUCCGAGGUGUUCCAGAACUCCCGGUUGGACGACCCCUGGAAGCGGGAAGUCCGAGGUGUUCCAGAACUCCCGGUUGGACGACUCCUGGAAGCGGGAAGUCCGAGGUGUUCCAGAACUCCCGGUUGGAUGACUCCUGGAAGCGGGAAGUCCGAGGUGUUCCAGAACUCCCGGUUGGACGACCCCUGGAAGCGGGAAGUCCGAGGUGUUCCAGAACUCCCGGUUUGGACGACUCCUGGAAGCGGGAAGUCCGGCAUUCUCUUAACCAGCUUCACCUGGAAUGCUUUUCCAACAGUCUUGAAGGAGUUACCACAUAUGCUGAGCACUUGUUGGCUGCUUUUCCUUCACUCUGCCGUCCGACUCAUCCCAAACCAUCUCAAUUGGGUUGAGGUCGGGGGAUUGUGGAGGCCAGUUAAUCUGAUGCGGCACUCCAUCACUCUCCUUCUUGGUAAAAUAGCCUUUACACAGCCUGGAGGUGUGUUGGAUCAUUGUCCUAUUGAAAAACAAAUGAUAGUCCCACUAAGCACAAACCAGGUGGGAUGGUGUUUCGCUGCAGAAUGCUGUGGUAGCCAAGCUGGUUAAGUGUGCCUUGAAUUCUAAAUAAAUCACAGACGGUGUCACCAGCUAAGCACCCCUACACCAUAACACCUCCUCCUCCAUGCUUUACGGUGGGAAAUACACAUGCGGAGAUCAUCCGUUCACCCACACCGCGUCUCACAAAGACACGGUGGUUGGAACCAAAAAUCUAAAAUUUGGACUCCAGACCAAAGGACAAAUUUCCAUCGGUCUAAUGUCCAUUGCUCAUGUUUCUUGGCCCAAGCAAGACUCUUCUUCUUGUUGGUGUCCUUUAGUAGUGGUUUCGUUGCAGCAAUUCAACCACGAAGGCUUGAUUCACAGUCUCCUCUGAACAGUUGAUGUUGAGAUGUGUCUGUGACUUGAACUCUGUGAAGCAUUUAUUUGGGCUGCAAUUUCUGAGGCUGGUAACUCUAAUGAACUUAUCAUCUGCAGCAGAGGUAACUCUGGGUCUUCCAUUCCUGUGGCGGUCCUCAUGAGAGCCAGUUUCAUCAUAGCGCUUGAUGGUUUUUGCGACUGCACUUGAGGAAACGUUUAAAGUUCUUGAUAUUUUCCGUAUUGACUGACGUUCAUGUCUUAAAGUAAUGAUGGACUGUCGUUUCUCUUUGCUUAUUUGAGCUGUUCUUGCCAUAAUAUGGACUUGGUCUUUUACCAAAUAGGGCUAUCUUCUGUAUACCACCCCUACCUUGUCACAACACAACUGAUUGGCUCAAACACAUUAAGAAGGAAAGAAAUUCCACAAAUUAACUUUUAAGAAGGAACACCUGUUAAUUUAAAUGCAUUCCAGGUGACUACCUCAUGAAUCUGGUUGAGAGAAUGCCAAGAGUGUGCAAAUCUGUCAUCAAGGCAAAGGGUGGCUAUUUGAAGAAUCUCAAAUAUAAAAUACAUUUUGAUUUGUUUAACACUUUUUUGGUUACUACAUGAUUCCAUAUGUGUUAUUUCAUAGUUUUGAUGUCUUCACUAUUAUUCUACAAUGUAGAAAAUUAUGAAAAUAAAGAAAAACCCUUGAAUGAGUAGGCGUGUCCAAACUUUUGACCGGUAGUGUAUGUCCUCUUGAGGUGACAGCCCUUUUGCACUGUUUUCACUAUGGCUGUAUUCAUCUAAGAAGAGGGCAAUCUUUUGAAUAAUGUAGUGGUGUCCCCCCUUUCCCCCAGAAACGUAUGACGUUUGGCUUUCACCUGGAAAUGUUUGUCUAAGAAAAAAAUAAUUUUCACACCGUUAAAUCUAAUACACAACAAAAGUAUAAUAACCACAUACCAAUAUGAUGAUAUCUGAUGUGAAUCCAUGAAAUGGGAAUAUGAUGAUAUCUGAUGGGAAUCCAUGAAAUGGGAAUAUGAUGAUAUCUGAUGGGAAUCCAUGAAAUGGGAAUAUGAUGAUAUCUGAUGUGAAUCCAUGAAAUGGGAAUAUGAUGAUAUCUGAUGGGAAUCCAUGAAAUGGGAAUAUGAUGAUAUCUGAUGGGAAUCCAUGAAAUGGGAAUAUGAUGAUAUCUGAUGGGAAUCCAUGAAAUGGGAAUAUGAUGAUAUCUGAUGUGAAUCCAUGAAAUGGGAAUAUGAUGAUAUCUGAUGGGAAUCCAUGAAAUGGGAAUAUGAUGAUAUCUGAUGGGAAUCCAUGAAAUGGGAAUAUGAUGAUAUCUGAUGGGAAUCCAUGAAAUGGGAAUAUGAUGAUAUCUGAUGGGAAUCCAUGAAAUGGGAAUAUGAUGAUAUCUGAUGGGAAUCCAUGAAAUGGGAAUAUGAUGAUAUCUGAUGGGAAUCCAUGAAAUGGGAAUAUGAUGAUAUCUGAUGUGAAUCCAUGAAAUAGGUAUAGGGUGAACGCACCAAUUGGUGAGUCUCUCUGGAUAAGAGCGUCUGCUAAAUGACGUAAAUGUGCCCUUGAGCAAGGCACUUAACCCUAAUUGCUCCUGUAAGUCGCUCUGGAUAAGAGCGUCUGCUAAAUGACUAAAAUGUAAUGUAAAUGUAAUGGAAUAUGAUGAUAUCUGAUGUGAAUCCAUGAAAUGGGAAUAUGAUGAUAUCUGAUGUGAAUCCAUGAAAUAUCAAUAUGAUGAUAUCUGAUGGGAAUCCAUGAAAUACCAAUAUGAUGAUAUCUGAUGUGAAUCCAUGAAAUGGGAAUAUGAUGAUAUCUGAUGUGAAUCCAUGAAAUGGGAAUAUGAUGAUAUCUGAUGUGAAUCCAUGAAAUGGGAAUAUGAUGAUAUCUGAUGUGAAUCCAUGAAUACCAAUAUGAUGAUAUCUGAUGGGAAUCCAUGAAAUGGGAAUAUGAUGAUAUCUGAUGUGAAUCCAUGAAAUGGGAAUAUGAUGAUAUCUGAUGUGAAUCCAUGAAAUGGGAAUAUGAUGAUAUCUGAUGUGAAUCCAUGAAGUGGGAAUAUGAUGAUAUCUGAUGUGAAUCCAUGAAAUACCAAUAUGAUGAUAUCUGAUGUGAAUCCAUGAAAUACCAAUAUGAUGAUAUCUGAUGUGAAUCCAUGAAAUGGGAAUAAACAAGCCUUUUCAUAUUUUUAUGUCUAUAUAUAGUUACAAUCAUUUUUUGAAACCCAAAAUGUUUUACCUUUUCUACUUUACCAAAAAUAUCAUGACAUUAGUGAUGGUCAAAAUGUGUCACAUUUGUGAGGCUCCAAAUCAACAUUUUGCCCAUUUAAAUAGAGUAUGUUUUCGCUAAGAACAAGGGGGAUGUUUUUGACUUCUUUUUUUAUUUUAGGUUUAAGGAAGUAUGUAGGUGGCAUUCUUUGUUGUAGAGCUAUGAAAGUUAUUUAUUCAGAUCAAUGUGGUCAAGACAAGUCGAACGAGUUAAACAUCACAACUCUGCAAUUAUUUUGAAAAAAUAUCUGUCAAAUAAUUUGCAUUCGGGGAAAUCUGGUCACAAUGCAGAAACAGUGGAAGGACAAGAAACAUUUUAAUACCAUGUGUAGAUGCAACGGCUAAAAAGUUGGGCACAAUCAGAAUGUGGAUAAGAUUAGGACAAAGGACGCAUUUUAGCUCCAGGUAUAAACAGGGCUUACUGUAUAUGUAUUUUAAAAGUGUCCAAUCAAUUCAUUAAUUUAUGAAUUAAUUAAUUAAUUAAUCCAUGCAUCCAUCCAUUUAUUCAUCCAUUUAUUUAUCCAUUCAUUCAACAGAAACCUCAGAGGGGUGUCCAGCAGUCUGGUGUGUAACUUGGAGAAGAGAGUGUUGUUGGAUCUCAGUCCAUUAAAUAACUAUGUCAAACUGCUGAGGUGGGUGGGCGAGAAGCUCAAGAAGUUCGAUGGAUUAUCCGAAAUCAACUCCAACGUCAGACACAGCGUUGAGUCCAACGAUCUGACGGUGAAACUUCAGGAAGCUGUCCGGAUGCUGAACACCACAGCGAAGAGCGCUGAGGAGAGCAUUGACCUGGUGAUGGCCGUGUUCCAGAGAGCAGUCCCGUUACUAGGGGUUACCCUGGUCAUCAUCACCACUACCCUGUUUCCUCAGAAAAUUCUUAUUCAACCUCAAGUACCAGAACAAGUUUCAUCACCAGCAGGUUUUAUUAGAUACGAUGAUCAGCAGAGAGCUGAGGGGAAGCCCCACCUCCUCCCUCUGAGCUCAGAGGAGGCAGAUCAGUUCCACUCUAUCCCCUCCACCCGCUUCACACAGAGAGAGGGCUACACCAUUCUCUUGUUCCUGGUUCCAGUGCUCACCCACCUCCUACCCUGGCUCUUAUUCAUCUCCCUGGACGCACUGCUCUACUGGCUCAUUCUGACUAUCAACAAACACCUUCUGGAACUGGAACCAGUCCGCAUUGACCUAAAGACGUACCCAAAGGUGAGUAGACCUGGAACCAUUCAGCAUUAACCUAAAGAUUAACCUAAACGUGAGUAGACCUGGAACCAUUCAGCAUUAACCUAAAGAUGUACCUAAACGUGAGUAGACCUGGAACCAUUCAGCAUAACCUAAAGAUUGUACCUAAACGUGGAGUAGACCUGGAACCAUUCAGCAUUAACCUAAAGAUGUACCUAAACGUGGUAGACCUGGAACCAUCAGCAUUAACCUAAAGAUGUACCUAAACGUGAGUAGACCUGGAACCAUUCAGCAUUAACCUAAAGAUGUACCUAAACGUGAGUAGACCUGGAACCAUUCAGCAUUAACCUAAAGAUUAACCUAAACGUGAGUAGACCAGGAACCAUUCAGCAUUAACCUAAAGAUUAACCUAAACGUGAGUAGACCUGGAACCAUUCAGCAUUAACCUAAAGAUGUACCUAAACGUGAGUAGACCUGGAACCAUUCAGCAUUAACCUAAAGAUGUACCUAAACGUGAGUAGACCUGGAACCAUUCAGCAUUAACCUAAAGAUGUACCUAAACGUGAGUAGACCUGGAACCAUUCAGCAUUAACCUAAAGAUUAACCUAAACGUGAGUAGACCUGGAACCAUUCAGCAUUAACCUAAAGAUGUACCUAAACGUGAGUAGACCUGGAACCAUUCAGCAUUAACCUAAAGAUGUACCUAAACAUGAGUUGCCAUGCUUGGAGGUUCAGAAAACCAUACAGUGUCAUGUCGGUACCAGUACCCCCUGUAUAUAGUCUCAUUAUUGUUAUCUCAUUGUGUUAUUAUAUUAUUUUUUACUUUACUUUAUUUAGUAAAUCUUUUCUUAAUUCUAUUUUCUUAAGGCUUCAUUGUUGGUUAAGGGCUUGUAAGUAAGCAUUUCACUGUAAGUUCUACACCUGUUGUAUUAGGCGCAUGUGACUAAUAAAAUGUGAUUUUAUUUUAUUUGAAAUUUUUGAUUUUAAUAGGCUGAUGAAGCUCUUGGUAACACUUUAAUGAGAUACUCCUCUAGAGACGGUUUAAACCCUAACCUAAUUCUAGCUACAACCCUAACCCUAAUGCUAGCUAGGUUAGGUCAAAGGCUGGCAUCAAUCUCUCUUUUUAUCUCUUUCCCAUUCAUCAGGUUGGGUUUGUCUCUUUCGUAUUGGGACACAGCUCGGGGGAUUUCUCCUACACCUUCACCCUAUUUCAGGAGGAUUGUCUUCACCAGCCCUCCCUGCUCCUCUCCAGGUCUGUGGUCGACCUGCCUGUUAUCUAUUUGUCCUAGACCUGCUAACCCUAACCCCAACCCUAACCCUAACCCUAACCCCAACCCUAACCCUAACCCUAACCCUAACCCCAACCCUAACCCCAACCCCCCCGAUCCUCUGCAGGCAGGGCGUCCAGUCGUCCCGGGGACGAUAAAGAAAAAUGCUUGGGAAGGUUCAGAACAGACAUUGAGACAGAUGCAGGACGAUAGGCCAGAAAAAUAUCAAAUGCAUACAACAGUGGUUCCGUACUAAAAUGUUUAAACACAAAGACAAGGCUGAUGAAACAGAUCACAACAUUAGCUUAAAAGUUGAUAAACUAUUAAUUAUUCACAUUACAAGUGCAGCAAUGUGUUCACUCGUCUCGGCCAUAUGCUUGAAUGUUAUUAUGCGAGAACACCAUUACUGGAGAACACCAUUUCUCAAACACGCACCUGAUGCGAGCGGUUUUUAUAACGCUACAGAGAUGGAUAUACAGCCUAAUGGUACAAAUUUAGAACGAGGGAAUAUCUGAAGAUGCAACAAUAGGAUUGUGCCUCACUGCCUUUGGACAGUAGAAUAAGAAAUGCUGUUUUCAUAUCAGGAAAUCUGUCUCUAGGCUAUUAAAAGCAAGGUAAGAUGUAAAACGUCAAGGUUUCAAACAAUGAUAUGGCUGGCUAGGCAUCGCAUAUGUAAAUAUUUAGGUUAUGGAAAUGUAUAAUAUUAGAAUAUCAUUCCAAUGUUGGGCAAAUAGGCCUAUUAGAAUGCACAUUUGACUAGCUCCCAGCCUGUCUGCAGGCCCGGAGCUGAGAUUUUGUGUGCCGGGAGUUGCCGGUACAAAGCCUCUGUAUGGACACAUCGAUAGCCUACAGACAAUGUAAAUGCCACAGCAACUCCCGGCACACGAAACCUCAGCUCCGGGCCUGCAGACAGGGCUCCCAUUGGUCGCCAGCAGCUGGGACUUGAGUGGCAGCUGCUCUCGGCAGACCCCUGUGUGACUGAGCAGCCCUAUUUAGGAGCCACACUGCUCACCCCAGCUGGGGAGAGGCCUAGAAAAGGUGGCCUAAAUAUUGCCCACUCACUCCAUCCUGGAAAGGCUACCGCACCUAUAGGGAGUUCCACUCAGCGGUGGAAAAAUACUAAAGAAAAUAAUUCCCCUGAAACUGGCGACAUGGAACAUCAGAACUCUUUUGGACACUGACGAUAAUAGCGAUAGACCCCAUGGGAGAACAGCUCUGAUUGGUGCAGAACUAAGACGCUACAACAUUGACAUUGCUGCCCUGAGUGAGACAAGUUUCCUGGAUGAAGGUUCUCUGAAAGAGGAGGGAGAAGACUACACCUUCUUCUGGAAAGGUUACCCUCCGGGUGAACAACAUCAGCACGGUGUGGGACUGGCAAUUAAGAACAGCCUUUUACUCAGCCUAACCGAAACACCUGUCGGAAUAAGUGAAAGACUCAUGUCUCUCCGUAUUCCCCUAGCCAAGAUGUGUUAUGCUGUUGCCAGCAAGGCCCUGGCCAAGGUGAUGCUACACAGGCUGGUGAGCAACAUCACAGAGGAACUGCUGCCGGAGUCACAAUGCGGCUUCAGAAAGAACAGGAGUACGGUCGACAUGAUAUUCACGGCACAACAACUCCAGGAGAAGUGCCGUGAACAACAUCCAGACCUUUUCAUGGCCUUUGUCGACCUUGCCAAGGCCUUCGACACUGUGAGCAGAGAACUACUAUGGGGUAUUAUACUCAAAUUUGGCUGUCCGGACAAAUUUGCCAAAAUUCUUUGGCUCGGGUGGCCAUAGGAGGGCAGGAGUCAGUGCCCUUUGGAGUAAGCAUCGGUGUGAGGCAGGUGUAUGUGCUGGCAUCUGUACUCUUUAACAUCUUUCUCCUAUGUGUCACCAAGCUUCUCCACAAGGAGCUUGAGAGCAGCAGCGGGGUUGCAGUGGGACUUCUGGCUGGAUGGAAGCCUAUUCAACAUCCGGAGGCUCCAAGCAACCACCAAGGUUUUGACGGAGCGGGUUCUUGAGCUGCAGCAUGCUGAUGACUGUGCUCUUGUGGCCCACACUCCGGAAGACCUUCAGUCCGUCCUUGUAGCGGCUGUGAGGGUCUAUAGCAGGAUGGAACUGUCUAUCAACACCACCAAGACAGAGGUGGUCUGCCAAUGGAGAUCCAGCCCUCCACCCACCAUGCCUGUCUUCACCAUUGAACACAAAUCACUGCCAAUAGUCCCGUCCUUCAAAUACUUGGGCAGCGUCCUCUCGGAGGACUGCAGCAUCGACCUCAAAAUUCAAAAUAGGAUCAAGCAAGCAUCAGCUGCCUUUGGGAAACUCAGACGCAGGGUCUUCCAAAACAGGGACCUCCACCUCCACACCAUAGUCACCAUCUAUCAAGCCAUCUGCAUCACCCAGUGAAGCUUGGGUCACUUACAGCCGCCACAACAAGCAGCUAGAGCGAUUCCACAUAGGAUGCCUGAAGCACAUCCUGGGAAUCACUUGGUGCGACCAUGUGCCCCACACAGAAAUACUUGCUAAGACCAACUGCAAAAAAAAAAUCACCAUUAACUCAGAAGUGGAAGUCAUCAUCAGAUACAAUGGACUACUGAAGAAGAAGAAGGCUAUGGCUAGCUACUAUGGUAUUCUACAGAAUAUGUUUAUAUCUCCCUGGCCUAAACAGAAUGCACACUGUAAAGUGUGCAAAGUAUUUCUGCCUCGCGCUGCAACACUGCCUGGCUGGGGGCUGUGCGCGUGCGCACGUGAAGAGCUGAAUGACAGAUUCAUUUUCAGAAGCGCUGCGCACAGGCAUACAUUUUUUAUUUAUUUACUUGAAAUGAAAGUCUACUAAAGAGAGACUUUGUCCGUGUGUUUCUUGGCUAUUUACAUUGUUUUGUUCACAAGCUAGGUUGUUUUUUAUGUUUGAGUUUCAACUGCUAGGGAAGAGAAGCAAUGCAGAUACUACUCAGACUCAAUCUCACAGGCACAAACAUGACUCUGAGUUGCAUUACCACGGUAACCUCCCUCCCUUAAAGGGGCAGGUCAUUUUUGUUGUCUCAUCUGUGAUAUUUUUGUUAAAAGACUCAGGUCACAUAAAUGUAAUGAAAUUAAACAACAUACCACAUUACUUCUUACUAGUAAUACAUUUAUUGUUUUAAAAACAUUACAAAGCAUGUGCAUCCAUUUUUUUGUGUUUUGUUGGUGUAAUUCUAUUUUGGCUGGUAAAAAAUCUGAGUGGCUGGUGGACCAAAAAGUACAUUUGAGGCCCUGGCCGUUAUGCAAAUGGUGGCGUUCAAAAAGGUAAAGGCGACCAUUCUUCAGGCUGGGAACACACGUUCUGUAUUGUAUAUUGUUGUGUUAUGUUGUUUAAUGGGGCAGCUGUGGUGGAACGUAAUAUCUCUAACUUAAGUUUAUUCAGGUUCACAAUAACAUUGUAUACAUGUGGAUAACAUGUUCAAUUAAUGAAUUAUAAUUAUUAAUAAUGAUUUUUUUUUUACAUUUACAUUUUAAUAAUUUAGCAGACACUCUUAUCCAGAGCGACUUACAAAUUGGUGCAUUCACCUUAUGAUAGCCAGUGGGACAACCACUUUACAAUAUGUUUUUUGUCUUCAACUGGAAGCCAGUGGAGUGUGCGGAAGAGCGGGGUGAUGUGAGAGAACAUGGGAAGGUUGAACACCAGACGGGCUGAGGCGUUCUGGAUGAGUUGUAGGGGUUUAAUGGCACAGGCAGGGAGCCCAGCCAACAGCGAGUUGCAGUAAUCCAGACGGGAGAUGAUAAGUGCCUGGAUUAGGACCUGUGCUGCUUCCUGUGUAAGGCAGGGUCGUACUCUCCGAAUGUUGUAGAGCAUGAACCUACAGGAUCGGGUCACCGCCUUGAUGUUAACGGAGAACAACAGGGUGUUGUCCAGGGUCAUGCCAAGGCUCUUUGCACUCUGGGAGGAGGACAAAACGGAGUUGUCAACCGUGAUGGCGAGAUCAUGGAACGGGCAGUCCUUCCCCGGGAGGAAGAGCAGCUCCGUCUUGCCGAGGUUCAGCUUGAGGUGGUGAUCCGUCAUCCACACUGAUAUGUCUGCCAGACAUGCAGAAAUGCGAUUCGCCACCUGGUUAUCAGAAGGGGGAAAGGAGAAGAUGUAUUAUGUGUCGUCUGCGUAGCAAUGAUAGGAGAGGCCAUGUGAGGAUAUGACAGAGCUAAAUGACUUGGUGUAUAGCGAGUAUAGGAGAGGGCCUAGAACUGAGCCCUGGGGGACACCAGUGGUGAGAGCACGUGGUGCGGAGACGGAUUCUCGCCACGCCACCUGGUAGGAGCGACCUGUCAGGUAGGACGCAAUCCAAGAGUGAGCCGCGCCGGAGAUGACCAACUUGGAGAGGGUGGAGAGGAGGAUCUGAUGGUUCACAGUAUCAAAGGCAGCAGAUAGGUCUAGAAGGACGAGAGCAGAGGAGAGAGAGUUAGCUUUAGCAGUGCGGAGAGCCUCCGUGACACAGAGAAGAGCAGUCUCAGUUGAAUGACCAGUCUUGAAACCUGACUGGUUUGGAUCAAGAAGGUCAUUCUGAGAGAGAUAGCAAGAGAGUUGGCUAAAGACGGCACGCUCAAGAGUUUUGGAGAGAAAAGAAAGAAGGGAUACUGGUCUGUAGUUGUUGACAUCGGAGGGAUCGAGUGUAGGUUUUUUGAGAAGGGGUGCAACUCUCGCUCUCUUGAAGACAGAAGGGACAUAGCCAGCGGUCAAGGAUGAGUUGAUGAGCGAGGUGAGGUAAGGGAGAAGGUCACCGGAAAUGGUCUGGAGAAGAGAUGAGGGGAUAGGGUCAAGCGGGCAGGUUGUUGGGCGGCCGGCCGUCACAAGUCGCAAUAUUUCAUCUGGAGAGAGAGGGGAGAAAGAAGUCAAAACAUAGGGUAGGGCAGUGUGAGCAGGACCAGCGGUGUCAUUUGACUUAACAAACGAGGAUCGGAUGUCGUCAACCUUCUUUUCAAAAUGGUUGACGAAGUCAUCCACAGAGAGGGAGGAGGGGGGGGGGGGGGGGGGGGGGGAUUCAGCAGGGAGGAGAAGGUGGCAAAGAGCUUCCUAGGGUUAGAGGCAGAUGCUUGGAAUUUAGAGUGGUAGAAAGUGGCUUUAGCAGCAGAAACAGAGGAAGAAAUGUAGAGAGGAGGGAGUGAAAAUAUGCCAGGUCCGCAGGGAGUCUAGUUUUCCUCCAUUUCCGCUCGGCUACCCAAAGCCCUGUUCUGUGAGCACGCAAUGAGUCGUCAAGCCACGGAGCAGGAGGGGAGGAUUGGGGACAUAGAGAGUCAAAGGAUGCAGAAAGGGAGGAGAGGAGGGUUGAGGAGGCAGAAUCAGGAGAUCGGAGGGAGAAGGAUUUAGCAGAGGGAAGAGAUGAUAGGAUGGAAGAGGAGAGAGUAGCGGGAGAGAGAGAGCGAAGGUUGCGACGGCGCAUUACCAUCUGAGUAGGGGCAGAGUGAGUAGUGUUGGAGGAGAGCGAGAGAGAAAAGGAUACAAAGUAGUGGUCGGAGACUUGGAGGGGAGUUGCAGUGAGAUUAGUAGAAGAACAGCAUCUAGUAAAGAUGAGGUCAAGCGUAUUGCCUGCCUUGUGAGUAGGGAGGAACGGUGAAAGGAUGAGAUCAAAAGAGGAGAGGAGUGGAAAGAAGGAGGUAGAGAGAAAUGAGUCAAAGGUAGACGUAGGGAGGUUAAAGUCACCCAGAACUGUGAGGGGUGAGCCAUCCUCAGGAAAGGAACUUAUCAAGGCGUCAAGCUCAUUGAUGAACUCUCCAAGGGAACCUGGAGGGCGAUAAAUGACUGUGACAGCAUGGAAUUCAAAUGAGGAGAUAGACAGAUGGGUCAGGGGAGAAAGAGAGAAUGUCCACUUGGGAGAGAUGAGGAUUCCUGUGCCACCGCCGCGCUGACCAGAUGCUCUCAGGGUAUGCGAGAACACAUGGUCAGACGAGGAGAGAGCAGUAGGAAUAGCAGUGUUUUCUGUGGUAAUCCAUGUUUCCGUCAGCGCCAAGAAGUCUAGGGACUGGAGGGUAGCAUAGGCUGAGAUGAACUCUGCCUUGUUGGCCGCAGAACGGCAGUUCCAGAGGCUGCCGGAGACCUGGAACUCCACGUGGGUCAUGCGUGCAGGGACCACCAGGUUAGAGAGGCAGCAGCCACGCGGUGUGAGGCAUUUGUAUGGCCUGUGCAGAGAGGAGAGAACAGGGAUAGACAGACACAUAGUUGACAGGCUACAGAAAAAGGCUACACUAAUGCAAAGGAGAUCGGAAUGAAAUUAACUAAACAUCUGGGGAUGUUUGUUUUCAUUAAGAUGCAAAAUAUUUUUUCUUAACAAAUUAAGUUUAUGUAAUAUAGACUGUAUCUGUCUCAGAAAUACACAAAAUACUUUAAAAGCACUGCAAAUGACCUAGACCCAUGUUGGCAUAUCAAAACAUUAAAUGUAUUUUCAUUUUGGGACUGUUCAAGUUCAUUUGAAAUUGCACUUUGGGACGGUACCGGCACGGUGAGGAAAAAAGAUAGUCGCGAGUCCUGUCUCCUGUUCUGUUAUAUACUUGUCCUACACCUGAUAACCCCAACCCUCCCUGUUCUUCUCCAUGUCUCUGGUCCCCCUGUCUGUUAUCUACUGGUCCUAGACCUGCUAAUGCUGACCCCAACCCUCCCUGAUCCUCUCCAGGUCUCUGGUCCCCCUGUCUGUUAUCCUGGUUGUUCUACUGGUCCUAGGCCUGCUGUCUGCAAAGAUGGGUCAGCUCAAACUACUGGUCUCAGAACAGUUCUACUACGACAAUGCAGACCAGCGG